GUACCCGAUAAGGUUACGUAUAAUGCGUUGUUGGAUGUGUAUGGAAAGUCUAGGCGGACUAAGGAAGCAAUGGAGGUAUUGAAGGACAUGGAGUUUAAUGGGUUUUCUCCAAGCAUUGUGUCUUACAAUUCACUGAUAUCAGCUUAUGCAAGAGAUGGUUUAUUGGAGGAGGCAAUAGCCUUGAAAACCCAGAUGGUGGAGAAAGGGAUUAAACCCGAUGUUUUUACCUACACCACCCUUUUUUCAGGAUUUGAGAAGGCUGGGAAGGAUGAGCCUGCAAUGAGGGUUUUUGAUGAGAUGAAAAGUUCUGGUUGUAAACCAAACAUCUGUACCUUCAAUGCCCUGAUUAAGAUGCAUGGCAACAGGGGAAAUUUUGCAGAAAUGAUGAAAGUUUUUGAAGAGAUCAAGAUAUGUAAGUGCACCCCCGAUAUUGUCACGUGGAACACACUUUUGGCAGUGUUUGGCCAAAAUGGGAUGGACUCAGAAGUGUCAGGAGUGUUCAGGGAGAUGAAGAGGGCAGGGUUUGUACCUGAGAGGGAUACUUUCAACACUCUAAUCAGUUCAUACAGCCGGUGCGGUUCUUUUGAUCAAGCCAUGGCUGUGUAUAAGAGAAUGCUAGAAGCUGGUGUUACUCCAGAUCUUUCUACAUAUAAUGCUGUUUUGGCAGCACUGGCUCGAGGUGGGCUUUGGCAACAGUCUGAGAAAAUACUGGCUGAAAUGCAGAAUAGUCAGUGCAAACCCAAUGAGCUUACAUAUAGUUCUCUGCUCCAUGCUUAUGCCAAUGGCAAAGAAAUGGAGCGCAUGCAUGUUCUUGCUGAAGAAAUAUACUCUGGUGUGAUUGAACCCCAUGUUGUGCUCUUAAAGACACUUGUUCUAGUUUUUAGUAAAAGUGACCUUUUGAUGGAAACAGAACAUGCCUUCUUGGAGCUGAGAAGAAAAGGAUUUUCACCUGACAUAACUACCCUGAAUGCGAUGCUAUCAAUAUAUGGCCGGAGGCAGAUGUUUAUGAAGACAAGUGAGAUUUUGAAAUUUAUGAAUGAGAUGGGGUAUACUCCUAGCUUGACAACUUACAAUAGUUUGAUGUAUAUGCACAGUCGCUCAGAGGAUUUUGAGAAAUCAGAAAAGUUUCUAAGGGAGAUUAUGGAGAAGGGAAUAAAGCCUGAUAUAAUUUCAUACAACACUGUCAUUUUUGGCUAUUGUAGAAAUGGUCGUAUGAGAGAGGCUUCACGGGUAUUCUCAGAAAUGAGGGAUGCUGGGAUUGCUCCAGAUGUAAUCACUUAUAACACCUUUGUGGCAAGUUAUGCAGCUGAUUCUUUGUUUGUGGAAGCUAUUGAUGUGGUCCGCUACAUGAUUAAGAAUGGCUGUAAGCCAAACAAGAACACAUACAACUCCAUUGUAGAUUGGUACUGUAAACAUAAUCGACGGGAUGAUGGAGUUAAGUUUGUCAAUAACCUUCGCAAUCUUGAUCCACAUAUUUCCGAUGGGGAGGAAUCCAGAUUAUUAGACCGUAUUAAAAAUAAAUGGUCAUAGUUAGUUUUUCCUCUAUGAAUGGGGUUGCAGCUCGAUUGGCUUAUUAUUAGCCUCAAAACACUUUAAUGCAUCAAGUUCUUCAUUACCUCUUUCUAUGCUCAUGUUACAAGUAUUUUGUUUAGGAAUGGAGACGAGAAGAAUGUAAUGUUGUUGUUGUACAUGAUUUUGUUGUUUCUCCGGAAGGCUAGCUGCAGGAUAUUGUGAAUAUUUUGUAUCUGAGGGAUUAUACGUUUGUUCAACUCAAUAUAUAUGGUCUGCGGAAAAUAUUGUAUAGAUCAGCUGAGAUGAAAAGUAGUGGGAUGCUGAGUAACUUCAAGGUAUGCACAAAUAACUCUUCAGCAACCACAGAUUAACUCUUCAACAACCACAGAUUGCCAAUGUCUUUAUUUUGAUGGUAAUAAUUGUGAAAAUCUCAUCGCCGCAAGCUUGUAACAAAUCAUGGCAUGACCAUUGUAUGAUUAAUAGUUGAGCAUUUCCAUUUCUGA